GAAUAAAUCGUUAAACUGAAUCCAAGAAUAGAUCUACGCAAGGAGCCACGAUGCUCAACUGCAGAUUUAAAUUUUAGAUGAUCAAAGAAUAUACAACUCGAUACUUUUUUUCGUUUAUUAUUGCUAGAGUUUUAAAACACCGUCUGCGCAAUAAACUCCUCGUAGCUUCAUGUUAAUUGAGAAUAUUUAAAAUUAAAAUUGCGUGUCCCCCCUGUAAAGCUACAAUACAAUCAGUUAUUUGUAUUUAAAUCCAAAUGCAAAUACUGCCAGGUUAUACAACAAAUAAAAUAGCAAUGCAAUGUAUUGCAGCUACACCCAAAGAGUAUAGGAAGUUGAUAUUUGGCAAAUAUUUGCGCUCUAAAAUCUAAAAUAACGCGUAAUUAUGUAAAUACACGCGACUCUGAUGACAGGCAGGAGAAGGGGCAGAGAAGAAAAGAGCCGAUAAGCCAGAAGGAAGAUUGUGGAUCGCCAAGUGCAAAAAGCCAUGACGCAGCAAUCGCUACUCACUCGCGCGCGGAUAAACUCGUUUCGCUUUCAGUCUGUCCGCGAAACAGCCGCUCGACGCAUUACCGUUUGACGUGUCGCGCUUUAAACGUAUGAAAUUCUCAACGAGAAGCCUUACUAUGAUGAAGGACUUGGUGCGCGACACGGUCCGUGGGCCGCUGGAUGCUUACAGGAAAAAAGCGAGUUUUGAUUGGAAAUCGUUAAAGGUUCAUUUGGAGGGGGAGGAGUGCGUUAAGUUUCAGAACAAGCUAUGGUCCUUCAUCGAAACUCAUCCAGCUUUUAAGCAUCCUGUGAAAAAUUUGAGUUUGGAUGAAAACAGGAGAAGAACCGUACAACAAAUUCAUGCCAUUGUGGAAAACGACAUUCUUCCGAUCGAGAGUCAGGGAUGGUUCAACUACAUGUUUUUGUACGAUCCUUCGGCGCCUAUCAAGAUGGGAGUGAUGUAUGGAAUGGUACCAAGUGUUCUGAUAUCUUUGGGCACGGAACACCAUCACGAGUACUUGGAACAAAUGGCCCAAGGAAAGUUUGCAGGAUGUUUCGCCUUGACUGAAAUAUCACACGGUACGAACGUGAAGGGUAUGCGAACGCAAGCCAGGUACGACCCGAAAACGCAGAGCUUCAUCCUGCACACUCCCGAUUUCGAAGCCGCCAAAUGCUGGGUCGGUGGUUUAGGAAAAACCGCCACGCACGCGAUAGUCUAUGCCCAGCUGAUAACACCGGACAAUGUCAAUCACGGUCUUCAUCCAUUCGUCGUGAAGAUUCGAGAACCUGAAACGAUGUUACCUGCAAAAGGAGUAACGGUUGGCGAUUUAGGCGAAAAAAUUGCUUUGAACGGCGUAGAUAACGGCUUUGUGAUGUUCGAUCACUAUUACAUUCCCCGGAAUUCCUUGUUGAAUAAACAAGCCGAUGUGACAGCUGAUGGAAAGUACGUUGCGGCUGUGAAGGAUCAGAGUAAACGUUUUGGCGCCUCUUUGGGUGCUCUGUCGGCUGGUCGAGUUACCAUAACUUCGAUGUGUUCAAUGUACUCGUCACUAGCUACUACGAUAGCUAUUAGAUACUGUGCAUCUAGAAAACAAUUUGGUCCGAAUCCUAAUGAAGAAUGGUCCGUUAUAGAGUAUCAAGUGCAGCAAGGUCGCUUGUUACCCCAUUUGGCAACCGUAUUUGCGAUGAAAAUAUUUUCUGCAAAUUUCCUGCUAACCAUGAAGGAUUUUCAAGAAACAAUGUUUUCGGGAGAAAGCAGCGAUUUAGUCGCCGCAAUGGGAAUGGAAAUACAUGCACUGUCUUCCGCGACAAAACCUUUGUGUGCUUGGGCAGGUCGUGAUGCCAUACAAGAUUGUCGCGAAUCUUGUGGAGGUCAUGGAUAUUUAAAAGUGUCUAGAUUAGGUACUAUAAGACAAGAGCACGAUGCCAACUGCACCUAUGAAGGAGAGAGUAACGUUCUCAUCCAGCAGUGCAGUAACUGGCUUUUGAACCAAUACGCUGGUCUCUUAAAGGGUAGACCUAUUUUGUCGCCUUUGGAAACAGCAAAGUUCCUAGAAAAUAUUGAGUAUAUCUUGGGUUUGAAAUUCAACCAUCAUAGUAUUGAUGAAACUUUGAGGCCAGAAAACCUGCUUGUAUGUUUAAGAUGGAUUACGUGUUAUUACAUGAAAAAGACAUAUCAACUUGUACAGUCAAUGAAACAAAAUGGAAAGAGCGAUUUUGUUGCCAGAAAUGACUCACAAUUAUUCAAUGCUCGGACUUUGACGCUAGUUUAUGGAGAGCAUGCCUUGGUACAAGGAUUCAUUAGGAAUAAUAAUAAACCAGAAUAUACGGACAAUGAAAGAGCUGUAUUGAACAAAUUAUGUUCUCUCUAUGCUGCAUGGAAUAUUGAAAAAAGAUUAGGCGAUUUCUAUGCAGGUGGUUUCGCAGCCCCUAAUAGUAAAUUAGACGUUCUAAUCCGUGAGGGUAUUAUCCAGUUAUGCAAGGAACUGGUACGAGAAGCUGUAUCGUUAGUUGACGUACUUGCGCCGCCUGAUUAUAUUCUUAAUUCACCUUUGGGAAUGUCUGACGGAAAUGUAUAUAAACAUUUAGAAGAAGCAUUGCGCAGGGAUCCACAGUGCUUUGAACGGCCAGAAUGGUGGCGUGAAAUCUUGAAAUCAAAAAUGUGAUAAAUGGUGCCUAGGGACUUUGUAAAAAUAAAACUUUGUGGUAUUUGUGAUCAAUUUUAUACAAAAUUUUUACAGAAAUGUUUAUAUUUUAUCUGUUGAACUUUUAUAUUGUACGUAUAAAACAAUAUUUAUAUAAA